UAACAUUAAUAACAUAUUCUUCAAUGUGACAUAAACGAAUUAUUUAUUAUAACACGUAGAAAAUACUCAAAAUGUCUCACCCUCAAAGCCGGAGUAUAUGGGCAAUGAUAAUAAAAAAUUUCAUCAAUUCCUUAAAACCUAGACAAUUUAGAGGAACUCUCGUUGGUACAGAUUAUUUCGGCAAUCAAUACUACGAAAUUCCAGCAGAUACCUCAGUCGGUAAGACUCGCUAUAGUCGGUGGUUCAAUCCACCAAAAAAAGAUGAUUUCAUGCAAGAAUUGCCGGCAGAAUGGGAGUCAUGGUUGCGAGGAAGAAGGAAAAUUCCACCGACUGACGAAGAGAUUAUGAAAAACGUAGCCAUUAUGCAAAUGAAAAAGAAAAAUGCCAUUAAAGUGAAUGCAGAAGCAGGUCAGAUAACACCAAUGACAAAAGGUUUUGAAUCAUUUCCGAAAAGAUAUGAUUACGAAUCUGUACCGGGAAAAGGAAAUUAUAGUAGUUAAUAAAUGUUAUUAGUUUCGUUUCAUCUAAAAUAAAUAUGUUUUUCUUGUCCAA